AUGCUACCUUUGGGUCUGAGGGUUCAGUCCAAGAUCGAAGCUUUGGUUGACAAGCACAUGCAAUCGUUGCAAGCAUCAAAGGUUUCACUUUCUUCUAUUACUUCGCAGAAAUUGUGGGAACGAACUGGUCGCCUCCAUACAGGUUCCGAAUUCUUCAAGUUCAGAGAUCGUAAAGAUGGCCAGUGGUUGCUGGCACCUACCCACGAGGAAGAGAUUACCUCUCUGGUCAGAGAUGUGAUACACGCGCCAAGCCAUCUCCCUAUUCGGUUGUAUCAGAUCACGCGCAAAUACAGGGACGAGAAGCGACCACGAGGAGGUUUGCUUCGAGGGCGCGAGUUCAUAAUGAAGGACCUCUACACCUUCGACAAGACUGAAACCGAGGCGCACGCUACCUACGUGCAAGUGCGACAGGCGUACAGCAAUUUGUUUGACGAGCUCAAGUUACCAUAUGUCGAAGCCCGAGCAGAUUCUGGUAACAUGGGAGGUAAUCUGAGUCAUGAAUUUCAUUUUCCCAGCAACCUGGGUGAAGACGAUAUCAUCACUUGCUCUGAAUGCGAUUACGCUAAGAAUGAAGAAUUUGUGCCUACUUUUACGACGACUACCGAAGCUAUUAACGUAUCAUCCAGUCCUGCGUGUUCAUCGUCUAUCGGUGACCUGCAACAGAUGCACUCGGAAUGCUUCAUCAGCAAGGGUAGAACAUCGCUUGUGAAAGCAUAUGCACAGAGCGAAGAGUCUACACAAGCUCAGUCACUAAAUCCAUUUGCAAUCAAGGAAGCAAUGGGCUCAUAUACAGAAAUUGACACAGGAGUCGAAGAUGCAACAACUCUCUUCAAAUCUCGUCUGGGCGAGAAGAACGGUCUGGUGGUCUACUACCUCUUUGAUCAAGUAGUGUCUCAGGAGGCAGCACGCGCAACCGUACAAGCAGACUCAGAGUGGUUGCAGAAGCAUAAUCUUAAGGCGACUAUGGUCAAAAUUGAUGAUUCGACCACACUUCAAAGUCAUCUGCUGAAAAGGCACACUGGUGACCCCUGUCCAGCAUGCGCUUCCGCUGGUCGAAGUGGAGCGCUGGUUGUCACGAAGGCCAUCGAGGUAGGUCAUACUUUCCAUCUGGGCGAACGAUAUAGCUCCAAGCUAGAUUUAAUUGUUCCUGCUUCAGGUGUUUCCCGACUCAUUGCUGCAGUUGCUUCUGCACUGUCAGACAAGACUGGACUCAUUUGGCCUCGUGCCAUUGCUCCUUUCGAAGUGCUCGUUGUGGUCAACAAGGAAAACAAAACCUCUGCAGAUACUCUACCUAUCGGACACCAGAUCUACGACGACUUAUCGACGCAUCAGGAGAUGCCAGCCGACGUCCUAAUUGACGACAGAACGGACGUGAAUUUUGGGUGGAAGCUCAAAGAUGCUGAUCUGAUUGGUUACCCGGUCGUGGUAAUUAUUGGCAAGGGGUGGCUUAAGAAGAAACUGGUUGAGAUCCAAUGCAGGCGUUUACAGGUGAAGGAGGAGGUUCCUUUAGCCGAGGCUGCUGAUCGCGUUCGACAGCUUCUUCAGCAGCUGUAA